AUGACUGCCUACUCAACCUCGCUCCUGCACCCUGCCGCUCCUGGGACCGGUCCCGUGGCCUUCUCCCCCUUUCAGCUCUGUUCCGCGGCUCCAUUCGCCCUGCCGCUGUGCUGUCCCUUCCCGCCGCACUACCUGUACCCACCUCCCCCGCUGCCGCCUUCGUGCGGGCUGGCUGUCGGGUGCGACGGCUGGCUCGCUCCGAUGGGUAGUGCCUACACCGUGGGGGUGCCCGCGUUACCGUUCUUGCCUUGGCUGCACAUGCCCCCUCCGCCGCCUUUUCCGAUGGUGCUGUACUACAACCCGGCCCUCAAGCCGCUGCUGCCGGCGACGCGCUGCAGCAUCACGGAGAUCGUAGAAGACGGCAACGUCGAGCCCCCGAUGGCAGAGGUGGAAGACGAGCCCUCCCCUUGCUCGGUCCUCGCGCUCUGGAGGAGGAGCGCGGCGCUUCCGCCUCCGUCUUCCGGCGUCGCAGGCAGCAAACCACCCUUCGACGGAAGGAGCAAGAAGACAUCCGUCAUGAUCUGCAACAUCCCCAAUAGUUUCAUGUUAGUACUUCCUAUAUUUCUUGUUUCUUGCUUCAAUCUUGCUGAGGUUCUUGAUUGUACGGAUGUUCUUGAUUGUUGCUUCAAGUUUAUUUUUUCUCCUCUCGAAGGAAACGAAGGUUGA